GCCGCCGCCGCCGGAUCAGACGGGCGCUGGAGGUCGAUAUCGAAGGCAGCACCACCACCAUCUCUCUCUCUCGUCCUCUCAGUCAGAGCAAGAAGUCUGCAAAGGGCCUCCUCAGGAUCAUGGCGCCCACAGAUGCGGCCUCGUGAGCGCGCCCCAGCAUGCUGUUGUUGUGGCUGCUCAUAGCCUCGGCGUGGGGCUCCGUCUUCAAAAGAGGUGAGUGGCCGUUUUCGUCGUUUGCUGCCGCCACCGAGUAUCGACGACCGGACGAGACGGACUACACGCUGGAUGAUUCGUAUUGGAAUGAGGAGACACCGUCCACGAGUGGCACCAACACCGACGAGGUGGAGCGGCUCCUCCGCGAGUACCGCCAAAACCAGGAGAUGGUGCGAACCAUCGGGACCCACUACUAUCAGGUCAUCUACCCGGUGCAGCUGCGACACCACGAGAAGAUGGGAAUUUCCACCAGGGAGGUUGGCGCUGGAAAGUACCCGCAAAGAGGCUAUGGCGAAAGUGGCUCCAGCUACAGAGGGCGCUCAAGGAAUACGGGUAAACACUACCACCACACCUCCAUUCUCAUCAAGGCCUUCAAUCACAAGUUCCGGCUGGACCUCGAGCUUAACACCCAACUUUUAGCGCCUAAUCUCAUGCAGAAGCAUUUUUUACCUAGUGGUGCGGAAAUUUUUGCUAAACAGGAGAUUGAGCUGUGUUACUACCAUGGCACCGUCAAAGACUACCCAGCGGCUUCGGCGGCCUUCCACACGUGCAACGGCGUGAGUGGCGUAAUCCACAUUGGCAACGAGACUUUCGUGAUCCACCCUUUCUACGGCGGCGACCUGUCGCAGAAGCAUCCACACGUGAUAUUUGAGGCGCGCACAAAGCAGCACAAGGGCUGCGCCAACAACGUCAACAUCGAGUGGCGCCUCAAGAAGAAGUUCACCAGGGAGGCCGCCCCCUCCGCCCCCAGCAGGAUGCCCAGGGACGUGCGUGACGCCACCAAGUACAUCGAGACGGCGCUCGUCCUGGACAAAGCCAUGUUUGAAAAGAGAAACGGCAGCUCGCGGCAGGACGUUAUUCAGGACGCCAUACAGGUGGCAAACAUCGCCGACAUGUAUUUCAAACGGCUGCGGACGCGAGUGUCAGUGGUGUACAUCGAGACGUGGCAGAACACCAACCAGGCGAUGGUGGACCGCACUCAAGACAUCAGCCGCGCCCUGCUCAACUUCAACGAGUACGCGUCACGCAAACUGUUCAACGUGGAGAAGGACACGACCCAACUGCUCUCGGGGGAGAGUUUCGCCGGCGGCGAGAGCGGCAUCGCCGUGUCCGACACCGUGUGCACGCCCAAGUCGGUCGGCAUCAGCGUCGACAUCAACGUGUACGAGCCGCACCUCCUCGCCAGCACCAUGGCCCACAUGAUCGGCCACAACAUCGGCAUGGGGCACGACGACGGUAGGAAAGAUUGCGAGUGCACGCUGUGGCACGGGUGCAUAAUGGCCCAGAGCAUCGUUGGUCACAACAAUGUGCAGCCCUACUUGUUUUCCGAGUGCAGCCGAAACGACUACAUCGACGCAAUGCGCAUCGGCCACGGCAUCUGCCUGCUCAACAAGCCAAACGAAGUCAACAUUGAGUUGCAGAUUCGUCGCACUUGCGGGAACAUGAUCGUCGAGGAGGGUGAAGAAUGCGACUGCGGCACAAUGGAUUCGUGUCGCGAGAAAGACCCGUGCUGCGACCCCCUCACGUGCAAGAUCACCAAAGAGUCCGAGUGCGCUUCUGGGCCGUGUUGUGACAACUGCAUGUUGCGGUCGAAAGGCACGCCGUGCCGAGAAGCGACAAACGAGUGCGACCUGCCCGAAUUCUGCUCCGGCGAGAGUGGCCAGUGUCCUGUGGACGUCUAUCGCAAGAAUGGCAGUCCGUGUGCUUCCAACUCUGGCUACUGCUUCAACGGCGUCUGUCCCACGCUCAAUUUGCAGUGUGAACAAAUCUGGGGCUUCGGCGGCGUUGAAUCAGACGUCAAGUGCUACGAGCACUUCAAUUCUCAGGGUUCCGUGAAUGGAAACUGCGGCAAGUAUGGCGAUUUUUUCAUCAAAUGCGAGAAAGAAAAUGUGCGGUGCGGCUCGCUGCAGUGUGCUGGAGGAAACAGAUAUCCCAUCAUCGCUGGCAUGGACAGGCAAUACUACAGAACCAUCGUGUCAGUCGAGGGACAGGAGUUUGAAUGCAAAGUUACGUCAGGCUCAAUAAACUCAAAUGAAAUCCCUGACAUGGGACUCGUCAGGGACGGGUCGCCUUGUGGAGAGAAUUUGAUAUGCGUGAAUCAGACGUGUGUAAGCAUUUUUCCACACAUAGACCAGGGCAAAUGCCCGAGUAAUCACAACAACCUGCAGUGCUCUGGCAAUGGGGUGUGCAGUAAUUUGAACAAGUGCUUUUGCAACAGCGGCUGGGCAGGCGUCGACUGCUCAGUGCCGGUUGAAGUUUCUGAACUGCCCCCCAUGUCAGGGGCAACCACGGCGGUACCGGCGCCCGCUGGUGGCCCGCCUGGAAGUACUUCUACCAAAGAGGACUUCAAAGACAAAAUGACCAGAGAAGAAAAGUUCUACGGUGGCCAAUCAAACAAUCUAACCACAUUGACCAUGGUUUUCAUAUUAGUCGGCGUAGUGAAAGGUGUCUUCAUAUGCUUUGCACUAAUGGCUGUUUGCUACAGGUCAGUGGUUGUCCACAAAAACUUCUCCCUGUGUCUCAGACGGAGCACCCUGCACUCGUACGAUCCGCCGUACGCCAAGAAACCCUUGCCCAAGAACUACGCCCCAAACCAGGGGGUCGCUCCGCCCCCGCCGCCCCCAUCUGCCAACUUCACCGCCGAGGAGCAGGCGGCGCUCGACAGUGCCAACAAAAUCCUCACAUUUGGCAACAUGCCCUCCUACAGUAGCCGCCAAGAUCCGCAGGGUAGAGUUUUGUUUAGACCUGUAAAUCACGCCACAGCGCCUGGCAUGUCGUCGUCUCGAAUACAGGAUCAUAAAAUGCAGCUCAAGAGAUUAGGUGCCAGCUCAGGCAGCGAAGAUGACAUGAUUUCAGGGGAGGAAGAGGCUGUGUCGUUCAUCGACCUGCCGACGUCAAAGUUGCCCGAGAAGGGCAUCCUGAAGAAGUCCGGUCCGUACGGCACCGUGCAAGAGCUCAAGGACAAGUGGGUGGAGGAAAUGUCGGACAGCCAGGACAUGAUGUCCUCGUCAGACAACACCCUGAUGGGCGACAUGCCCGUGUCCGAGGUGGAGCGCACGCUCAAGAGCCUCAACGGCUACCAUGAGGACAUCCUGGAGGCGCUGCGGACGGCCGCGUCGCACCGCACGGGCUCGGUGGGCCUGGAGGCGGCCGCGGCGGCGGCGGCCGCUGUGGCGGCUGCCAACCGGCCGGGUCCGUCGGGCCUCGGCAGUCAGGAGUUGCGCGUCAAGGAGGCGUGCUACCCGCACGACUACGCCAGCGACUAUCCCAACCCCAGUUUGCUCAAGUCCAGCCAGGAAAAGCUGGUGGCCGUGGCGGCCGCGGCCAUCGCAAGCAGUGCCGGUGAUAGUGGCGACGAGGACGCUGUGCCGCCGUGCAACACGAUACGUAUCCGCAACCUCGAGGAUUUAAUCCGCCAACUCGAGCACCACUCGUCGCGCCACAUGAGCCCCAGUGGCUCCGAGGACAUUAGAAUGUCGGAGACAGAGGCUGAUCGGCAUUAUCGUCUCGAGAACGAGGGCGUGCACAUGACACCUGGACGGAGAAGGGGUCAGGACCCGCGCUUCGUAUUCGGACGCUACCGCCUGCCGCAGGGCCCCUCGGGUACCCGGAGGGCCCCGCAGUCGCAGAGUGGCUCCAGAACCGGCUCAUACAGGGAAGAAGAAAUUUACGAGAGCGCCGAUCCGGACCGGGGGGAAAUAGAAGAGGCGCCGCACAGUGGCAGCAGUGGAGACGACGAGUUCGCCGCCGCCCAACAGUUAGUGCGGUCGGCCAGCGAAGAGGCCCUGCCCGUGACGGGUGGCAAGCGCAAGUCCCGCCACCUGCUCGACCACGACAAGUCCGAGUGUCCGACGUGCCGCAACUCGGACGAAGAGGACGACACCGCGAGUGCCAGCAACGCCAAGACGGCGAUUUUUCCCAACUCGUCGCUCGACCAGCUCGACGCGGCGACGGCCGCCCCCGCGGGCCUCACCGCCUCCUACACGCGCCUCUCGGCCAGCGACGAGUCCCGAGAGUCCUCUAGGGACGCCGUCUCCGCGUCCGACGACCCCGCCGCCGCUCUGCUGCUCCAGCCCACGCGCUACCCCGAAUACAAACACUGAGCAAGGAAAGCUGCUCCUGCUUCCUUCCGGCUCGCCUUCCACCCGCCUCUCCGCCUUUGACCUCGAUUAUUCCGCUUCGAUUCGUUUUGGUCGCUCUUCCAGGGCACGUCUUUUUUUCGAAAUUGGCAAUGCAUUAUGUUCAGUUUCCUAAAUAGAAACACGAAUUUUAAAUUUCAAACUAAGCUCACUACUUGCUGAAAAGGACAAAAAUGAGAAUUUUUUAUAAAACAAAUGUAGCUAUCAAUUUUGUGAAAAUUCAGCAAUGGUACACUGGUUCGAAAUUCUAAACAGGUAGUUUUAAAAUUUAAUUUAUCAAUUCACCAAAUUAAAUUCGAAAGCACUGGACUGAUGAGUUUUCUGUUGCAAUUUUAGUCACUAAAUGGACUGAAUGUAGCCUAGCUACAUCUUUACUCCUUGAUACCUGCCGUCUCAAUUUUUUUUUUUAUUAUUUUUGAAGCAGGAGCACAACUUCCCGAGCCGAAUAAAUAAUCCUAUUACAAACAGCACACGCGAGCUAGCGCUUCUUUUAUAUAUUAAAAAUCCAACGCGGACUUUUGAUAACGAAAAUAUUUAGAAUCCACACACAAGAAAACUAAUCACAAACCACGUGAGUGCGCGAGCUUUAAAAGUAAAUUUUAGACGCGAACAAUCUGUUUGUAGUGAACCUAACACUAAGAAAGAGAGAGAGAAAGAGAGCGCGCUGUGCCCCCCUCAGUUUCCGGAAGACAUACACACACUCUCACGCGUUAAUUCCAAGGACAGAAAAAAGAAUUUGCGAAAAAGACCGGCCGACGUACGAAGUGGACUCUCGUUGUAAAGUAUUUUUAGUGGAUUGAUUCACCAAAGACUGAGCGCUGCAUGCUUCUCAACUGUUGUUGAAAUAUCUCCUCUCUAAUACAACAUAUUUCUAAAAAACGAACAAAAACGCAAAAUAAAUUGUACUAUAAAGAAAGCAACGCGAGCGGAAAUGGGUAAACAGAGAAUGUAAUGUCCGAGAAAAACGUGUCGUAAAAAUAUGUGCAGGAGGAGAAGAGGAGAGAUGAAUUGAAGAGAGAAAGUGCAAAAAGGACAGUUUUGUUUUUAGCCAGAGAAUCUCUGUACGUGUCUCACACACACACUCACACUGAAAGAGCACUGCUGCUGCUGCUGUUUCCAAAUAAAAAGAAGAGAAAUAUACUGUGUUCACUGCCCGAGGGUCACACGCGACGUAAUACGCAAAGAAAGAUAGAGAGAGAGAGA